AUGGCGGAAUCAACAAUAGAAUUUCAGGAUUCAUCCGCACUAACGCUUGAGUCAAAUUGUGAACAAGAAGAGCCGAAGAAUGAACUUAUCCAGUUAAUUGAGGUUGUACAUGGAAAUGUUAGCCGAAAGAAUCGAAGUUUUUUAAUGUCAUUUAAAAGAGACGCGAUUGCUUUCGCCGAGAAGACGACCAACCGGUGUGCUGCGAAGAAAUUUAAAGUAGACGGUAAGAGAAUUCGCGAGUGGCGACAAAAUAAAGAAUUAAUCAUCGAAGCUUGUGAGAAAGGAAUAGAAAAACAUAGGCUUAAAGGUGCUGGCAGGAAAGUAGCACACCAAGCCAUGGAAGAAGAACUAGUACGUUGGUACAAAGAACAAAAAUCCAGUGGCUUACUAGUCUCACGUAGAUCAGUCAUGGAAAAGGCGAGGAUACUGUACGAUGAAAUGUGUGAUGAUGAAACUAAAAAGGGACAGUUUUUUGCAAGUGCUGGCUGGCUACAAAAAUUUCAACACAGAUAUGGAUUAUCCUUUAGGGAGAAAAAAAUUAACAAUCCUCAAGCAGAAUCACCAAGCAACGUAAGCAUGGUAGAUGAAAUUGACAGUCAUAUUACUCAUGUUUUGAAACAGGAAUAGCUAUUUGUAUCAGCCUUUUUAGGCAGUACCCAGUCUAGUAAGCCACUUUAGAUCUCCUGUGCAAAGCUGCAGUGCACAUGCUUUAUAAUGGGGGAAACUGGAAGAUCUUUAUGCAUCAUCUUUGUGCAUCAAAAUAUGGAAGAUCUUUGUGCAUCAAAGUGUGCAUCAAAGUGUGCAUGUUUUAUAUUGGGAAACUGGAAGAUAUUUGAGAACAAGGUUUGGUGAGCAUCAGCAUGCAGUCAUUGGCAAUGAUGCUAACCAGCUUGUUGCCAGACAUUUUAAUACUGGAAAUCACAAUGUUUCUGAUGCUCUCUGUCCCAUUUCUGGUAGCAAUGACACAGCAGG